AUCUGUGAUUAUUGUCGAUAGGUUUUGGGAAUUGGAACUUAGGGAGUGUUAUGAAUUAUUUAAAAAUUUCUACAAAAUAGAAAUUUAAGUAAUGAAUCAAUUCAGAUAAUAUGAAGCCUGUAAAGUACCUUUAAAAUAAAUCGACAACGUUUUUCGCCUUGAAAAAGAGUUAUGCCGGAGCAUUUGGAACUUCAGCAUCUUGUAGAUUUAUCGGUUGGAAGCGAUGAAACCUUGCCAAACCUUCUCGAGAAUAAACGACCUUUGAUAAAGCGAUGUCCAUACAUUGGUUUACUCUUGGCCACAUUAUCUUCGCUUUUCUUUUCAUUAUGUUCGGUAAUAGUGAAAAGCCUAGUUAACAUAGAUCCAAUCCAACUGGCAAUGUUUCGUUUUAUUGGUGUCUUAUUGCCGACUGUGCCCAUUGUUAUUUACACUGAACAACCAAUAUUUCCACAAGGCAAGCGAUUACUACUUAUACUACGAUCUAUUGUUGGCACCAUAGGACUAAUGUUAAGCUUCUACGCUUUUCGGAAUAUGCCAUUGGCGGAUGCUUCAGUGAUAGUUUUCUCAGUACCCGUGUUUGUUGCAUUGUUCGCUCGAGUAUUUUUAAAAGAGCCAUGUGGUAUUUGGAAUACAAUUUCCAUAAUAUUAACUCUAGUAGGUGUAAUACUAAUCACUCAUCCUCCAUUUAUAUUUGGUGAUGAAAAAGUUGAAAGCAAUGAAAAUUAUGAUAGUUUACGAGGUGCCAUUGCAGCAUUUGUCUCCACAAUAUUUGGGGCAAAUGCUUAUGUGUUGUUACGAGUACUUAAAGGUUUACAUUUCUCUGUUAUUAUGACGAAUUUUGGUGCUAUUGCUAUAUUACAAACAUUAUUUGUUUCUGUGGUAUUUGGCACUUUGUGUAUGCCAAAUUGUGGUACAGAACGGCUUCUAGUUGUAUGCCUAGCUUUAUUUAGUUAUUUAGGACAAAUUCUACUCACUAUGUCUCUGCAAAUGGAGCAAGCUGGCCCAGUUGCUAUUGCCAGAUCUGCAGAUAUAGUGUUUGCUUUUCUUUGGCAAGUAAUGUUUUUUGAUGAAAUACCAAGUAAAUAUUCAGUUUGUGGAGCUGUCUUAGUUCUUUUGUCAGUAUUAUUAGUAGGUUUACGUAAAUGGGCUUUAGCCCUCCCAGCUGAGUCACAGUUAAGAAAAAUGUUAGGAGUUUUGGCACAAUAAAAAUUCUUAUACUUUAUAUUUUUCAUACAUUAAAAUUACAUAUUCUAAUGGUGUCUUUUGAAGCCUUAGUAUAAACAUAUUGUUGUUCCAUUUUAGUAGUUGAAGUAUGUAUAUAGAUUGUAGGCCUAGAUAAUGUUUAUAAUUUUAAAUUUAGUUCCUUCUAGUCAGUCAUGAAGUGAUAUUUUAAAUUAGUUUAAACUAAUAUAACAAAUUUGUUUAUUACAUAUUGUUAACAAUUUCCAUUUAUUAAAAUACUGAUAUGUUAUGAUUCUUAUAAGUUCUCUAGUAAAAAAUACUCCAAAGACUGUUAAAUAAACACAAUGUAUAGUUUAAAUUAACAAGCAGUGUGCCGAUGGGAUGAUGAACAUUGUAAAGACAUGGAAUGUAUCCCUAUACCAAAAUUAAAUCAUUACUGUAGUGUAAAUAGGUAUUGCAUCAUUAACUUAGGAUGGAACUUUUAUAUGAUUAUACUUUAUUUUAACAUAAUUUUUUAAUAAUGCAAAAAACAUAUUUAUUUACCAUCAUAUUAAAAUGGUAUAUGUAAACUUUGCUUGCACUUUGCUAGUUUUUUUUAAAUUUAAUAUGUGGUAAGUUUGCACUGCAACAAACUAUGCAAUAAUAAUUUGAUUCCAUUAUUUAAAUUAGAUUAUAGUAUUGUUACUUAUAUUUAAUGUUAAUUGCAUCAAAGUUAAGUAGGCAUAAACUUAUAAGCUGGAGUUAUGUAAUUCAUGUUAGGAAAAUGUUUUUAGUGUAGUCAUGCAAUAAUUAGAUCUGACUACACUUGUGGGCUCAAAUUUCUUUUGUAAGGUGGAUUGAAUAUAUUAAGAUCAGUAAAAGGAUUCUUACAAUUGAAAAUUAAGUGCUUGAUUAAAUAUAAGCUAGGCAUCUAGUUAAUACCUACCAUUUUGUGUUCCUUGUUGGCCUUAUCUUGCAUGUCUAGGUUGUGUGCGCACCAUGAUUAUCAAGCUUAAAAACUAUAUUCUUGUAUUUGAAUAACAACUAAAAAUAGCACAGGCCCAAAAACUCCUGAUUAUUGAAGUAAAUAGAAUUUUUCAUCUUAAUUUUGUAUUUAUUAAAUAUUAUCAUCACUCAUUAAAUAGAUGACAUGGUUAAGCGGAUAUAAAAUAAAAAGGUUUAACAUGCACAUUUUUGUAUCUCUAUUAAUUUACAAUCAAUAUUUUACAUACUAUUAAAAUGAAAGUUAUCAUAGUAACAAUGUAAUUUAGAAUAAAUAUACAACUAGUCACAAAAGCUUUACUGUUUUUAUUGCGCUAUUAAAUAUUUAAGAAUUGUUUUAUUAUAAUAGAUCAUCAAACUAUUUAGAAAAUAUUGUGAUAUUUUUUUCUCACCUAUGUAAUGAGUUCUAUUGCUUAUUAAAUAAG